GGCGGCGGUGGUGGUGGCUGUGGUGUUAGGGACAGAGGCAGCUUUCGGAAGAAACUUCCGGAGAGCGGCUCAGAGUUGAGUACCGCAGUCCUGCCUACGUGAGGCUGAUGGAUGGGUCGCGACCUGAGCAAAUAAGCGGCGCCCCAGGCGGAACUCAGCGGACUGGCACGCGGCUCAAUGGCGACGCGAGCGAUGGCCUGGCUUCCUCUCCGUCCCGGAGGGUUCGACUCCAGGAGCGGGGGGCAGGAACAUGUGGAAACCCACCUAGGAUACUGGAAGGAAGAAUUUGCACAGACUUCUUGACCCCUGCUGGACAGUGUGUCGACAAUUGUGAAAUUGUGAAUUUUCAAAACUUUGAUGUAAAGGCGAUGUGGUCUUUAUCUGUACCAAAAUACAAGCACAAUUUGCACUGCUCUAGGUUUGAAGACAGUAAUAGCCUUAAUUCUGAAGACUCUGGCAUUCCCACACUAGAAAUUGCAAAUCCAGAGCCCAUCCAUUGUGGUGUAUUGAAUGUUAGAACAAACCAUGCUGAUUCAUCCCAGAUAAUUGGAUUGGCACCUGAUAAACUUGGACAAGGUUCAGGUAGUCUCCCACCUGGCAUGUGUUCACCGGCUGUGCGUCUUGAGACUGACAGUGCGUUGCGAAAAUCUUCAACAUUUCCUCGUUCUGGUUAUGAUAAUGUGAAGCUUUACAGUCCAUCAAGCAGAGGAGCAAACAAGGCUGAUGAGAUAUCUGUCAGCAGUAUUUCAAGCUUGAGCACGGAACUGUCCACAACUCUGUCUGUUAGCAAUGAGGAUAUUCUAGAUAGUUUGGUUACCAGUGACUCCAGUGCAAUUGUAAAUCUGGAAACUGAUGAGGCACAGUUCACUGACAUCAGUUUAAAUUCUUCCAGAGAAAGCUACAAUCAAGCUGACAGUCCUUUGGAACAAGAGACCAAAUAUAAAAGACUCGGCACACUAGCCAACUUUUUUACCAGGAGUUUGUUUACAAAGAAGCUUAAAGAUCCUGCAUCAUUAGAGCAGAAUGUUCAAGGAUGGAAACUAUUUGGGAGGAUGCCUGCCAAGGAAAGCCCUCUUAAAGAGUCCAAGAAUGUUCAACAGGAAUAUGAAGAAAGGUCUGGGAGAGCCCAGAAGUCCCCCUCUCCUAAUCAGAGAUUGAGGAAAAACCUAGACUUCGAACCUCUCUCCACAACAGCACUUAUCCUUGAGGAUAGGCCAGCGAAUCUCCCUGCAAAACCUGCAGAAGAAGCUCAGAAACACAGACAACAAUAUGAGGAAAUGGUGGCUCAAGUGAAAAAACGAGAGCAAAAGGAUGCUCAGAGACGGAGGAAGCUACUGGAAGAUCGGUGUAAACUUGAAGAAACAAUUGGGAAUGCUGUUGUUACCUGGAACCAUGAAAUCUUACCCAACUGGGACGCUAUGCGUCAUUCUCGUAAAGUUCGUGAUCUCUGGUGGCAAGGUAUUCCUCCAAGUGUAAGAGGAAAGGUAUGGAGCUUGGCAAUCGGCAACGAGUUAAACAUUACUCAUGAACUGUAUGAUAUUUGCUUAACUCGGGCUAAAGACAAAUGUAGAUCUCUCAGUACAGCACACUCUGAUGUUGACAGUGAAGAUCUGGAAUUAUCCGUAGCAGACCGGGAAGCCAGUCUGGAGCUUAUAAAGUUGGACAUAUCUCGCACCUUUCCUAAUCUUUGUAUAUUUCAGCAGGGAGGUCCUUAUUAUGAUGUGCUGCACAGCAUUUUAGGUGCAUACACCUGUUACAGACCUGAUGUAGGAUAUGUGCAGGGAAUGUCAUUCAUUGCAGCUGUGUUAAUUCUAAAUCUGGACACUGCUGAUGCCUUCAUAGCCUUUGCUAACUUAUUGAACAAACCAUGUCAAAUGGCAUUUUUCCGUGUGGACCAUGGCCUUAUGUUGAAAUAUUUUGCAGCCUUUGAGGUAUUCUUUGAGGAAAACCUACCAAGGUUAUUUGCACAUUUCAAGAGAAACAACCUUACCCCAGAUAUUUAUUUAAUUGACUGGAUCUUUACUCUGUACAGUAAAUCUUUCCCUCUGGACCUUGCAUGUCGUGUCUGGGAUGUAUUCUGCCGUGACGGAGAGGAGUUUCUCUUCAGAACUGCUCUGGGAAUCCUCAAACUAUAUGAGGAUGUUUUGACCCAAUUGGAUUUUAUCCACAUGGCACAAUUUCUGACCAAACUUCCUGAAGAUAUGUCAUCCGAGGACCUUUUUGGAGCCAUUGGAACCAUUCAUUUGCAGAGUAGAAAUAAAAAGUGGGCUCAGGUAUUAUCGGCAUUGCAGAAAGAUACGAAGGAAGUGGACAAAGGAAGCCCAGCUCUGAAACGAUGACCAACAUAUUGGAACAUUUGCUGUCAGAUUGCAGUAUGUUAUGGCCGUUUAUAUGCAGAAAUGCAAAUCAGAUCUUGUAAAUUGCAGAGUUGGGGUUCUUAUUAUGUUUUAUAAUUAUCCUCGAGUUACCUGAUACACUGAAGUUAGCCUUAAAAGAAUACAUAUGCAUAAUUGAAAUCAUGGAUACAACCAUUAGAAUCUUGAAUGGCCUCAUUCUUGCCUAUCAUGUGGUGUUACUUUAGUUGAACAAUUUUAAAUCUUAUAGUACAACAGAAGUACUGACUAGCUGUUUUUGAUCAACUUUUGCAGAAAGCAUUUUAUUUCCAUGGCACUGCCUGUGAGGUCACACAUCUGAUCAAUGUGAUUUAUCAAAUGCUUGUGUCCAAUCUCAAAAAACAUGUUAUGGAAUAGGGUCAUAAAUUUGACAGCAUGCUUUCUCUUGCAGUUUGGCUCACCUUAUUUCAUGUUACAUUUUAGUAAUGUUGAACUUAGACCACAAAUCCAUGUUUCAAACCAUUUUAUAGGCUUUUAUAGCUGGAAGCAUCAGUCUUGAUCUCAGUGUCAAAGGUGUUGUAACUUCAUGCUCCGCCUUUUUUUAAUUCUAGUUUUUUAAAUGGAUAUCUGCAUCCCUAGUGAUUUGACCCACACCUUGUCUCACUUUGAGUUCAAGAUCACUGAUUGUGGCUGUACCAUUGCUGUUUAUCACGCCACUGGUACUUUUCAUAAGCUUCACAUUAGGAUGCAAUCGUCAUUUCACUGCUUAGGCAAAUAAAUAUCAGUGUAAAGUUAAACAUAUUCGAUAAUGUACAUAAAUGAUUUUCAGGAGCAGUGUUUCUUUUUGUUACAAACUUUCUCCAUCAGCAAUAAUGGUUAUAAAACUUCCAUCUUCAUUCAUUUUGUGAACAGUGCUACAAUCAAUUACUGUAUCCACUGCAGUUAGUAAAAGAGAAGUUAGCUUCUGCGUGUCAUUGAGUUUAAUGUUGUUUCAUAGUACAGUAAGUUGCCAUUAGUGCGGAGUGCUUGUACAAUCAAAUGUGUGGCAAAUUACUUGUCAAUAUCCAACCUGAAGCUGGUUUCUGUGAUCAAACAGUAAGUGGCUUGCUGUACCACAAAGGUUAAAAAGGGAAGUUAAUUAGCAGGUUUUUUAACAGCUGCUGAAAAUUGUUCGAAACACUCAUUUAUAAUUACUGAACUGCACCACUAGCUUCAUAUUAUCCUUUGAUCUACUGAAAAUAUGAAUGUGGCACCGAACAGUUUGAGUUCUGGUUGCCAGAUAAAUCACCUGCUUGGGUCCAGUGACUCAGUGAAAAAGAUGGAUUUGUCUAACUCAUGAUAACCAAAAGUAAUUGAGUCUAAUUCUGAUACUGUCCUUAGUUAGCAACUCUUAACUCAAACUGGGGAUUAGAAAUUCAGACACAGUCCCGGGUCCUAAUUGCUAUGCAUUAUUUCCAUUGGAAGGUCCACGUAUGAACAUCUGGUGGGAACGAAAAUGGGUUGGUCUGUAAGGCAGCAUCAUAUGGUGCCAUUUAGUUGAUACCUUCAAGAAAACCUUUUAAAAAAAGACUGGCUGCAGUUUUGAAAUCCAAUGCAUGUUCAUAAAUUAGCUGCUAAUUCAAAUAAUUAUAUCACUGAAUUAAAUUAUCACCUUGUAAUUGUUCCAAAUUUAUUUUAAUUUGGAGUAACAAAGUACAUGAAAUAAGAAUUUUUCAAAAUACGCAAAUUAAUAUUUCUGGAUUUUGUCUGUUCUUAAGAUAACAUUUGUGAGUAGAUUUGCAUGGUAGCACACCCCAAGUGGCACCAGUCCAUUUUGAGCUUAAACAUUGAAAGUUGAUGAGCAUUUUUAACACUGGCAUAAUUGCCAUUCAGCCCUGCUCCAUCUUGAUGCAACAUGUACAUUCCAGCAGGAGUAACUUAAUAUUGCACUGGCAAUUGUUCUCCCUCAUCGGCUAUGAGAAAUGAAUUCUACAUCUAACGGUAGCAGCUCAUCAUUUGUAAGUGGCCAACAGCUGACUUGCGUAAACAAUGAAGUAGAAUCUGCAACUUUAAGGUCUGUUUAGCAUAAACAAACACCAAGGUACCACUGAUAAGAUGUUUUGACCAUGCAAAGUUAUUGAGCUCCAUUCUGAAUUGAGCCCUAAUUGUGAAACUUGUUUUUUUAAUAAAAUUUGUUAUGAUACACUGAGGUGAGUUACUGAAUUAACAGUAAUGUGCAAUUUGCUCAUCAGGACAGUUGCUGAUCAACAUAUCAGCAGUAACUUCCUGAGUUGUGAGCUAACACCAAAAUGGCAACAUCUAGUUGCAUCACCUGACCUUGUAUUCCAUAUUGUCAGGUUAAUAUGUUGUAAAGUAUUCAGGUCAACUUCUGCUAAAAUGCUUCCAAAUUAUUGCAUUCCGAUAACCUUAAACACUGAUUAUAUUUCACUAUGAUGCUGUGUAUCAAUGUACAAUCAAGUGUGUGUGUGUGUGUGUGUGUGUGUGUGUGUUUUUAAGCUUCCAUUUUUUUUGCAUCUCUGAAGAUAAGGAAACUCUGGUUUAUGAGCAGAAAGAUGUGAUGACCUCUGAGUCUCAAUGUCAUUUUUAGUUUGUGUACAUAUGGCCUGAGAUUUCCUUUUGAGGAAUGUAGAUGUCACAAUCAACUGUUUCACACUUGUGAUCAUUAUGCAAAUUAGUCAGUAAAUUAACAUGUUUUAGGAAUUUAAGUAGUAGAGAUGAGGCAGCACCAAAUCAUUCCCAAAUUGAAAAGUCAACAUACAAAACUGAUCCUAUACUUGAAAACUUUGCUUGUAACCUAACAGAGCAAGAAAUUCUAUAUUUUUAGGUUUGAAAUUUUAAUUAAAACAAAAUGUAUGUUAUAUGACACAAGUACAGGAAUACUUUUUUUUGGGUAAUGUGCAAAGUCAGCUAGGUUAAAGUUAAUUUUUUACCUGGGUGUAAAUUUCUUUCAAAAACUGAAGAUACAGGACAGCAGGACCAUUAUCUCGAUAGAGCCAACAGUGAGCUAUAAACUAAGCCACUAUUUCCCCACUGACUGCUGUAGGAGAUACGAAUGGAAUGAUGUUGAAAGCCGGUUAGCAGAAGGUAACUUAUUUGCACUUGUGUAGUAAAUACAUUAUAUAAAGCAUGUCUAACUUGUACUUGUUAAGCUACUUUUUUUUCAGUUUUUGGCGCAUCACAUAGAUAAAGAUUUAUUGUGGUAGUAUGACGAGUUAAAUGCUGCAAUAAUAAAAUACUUGCACAGUUUCUUUUUGAGAGAAUUUAUCAUGAAAUAUCCCUCAUUUGGGGUGCUGUUGAGAAUAACAUUUUCCUUAAUUUGGUUAGAUUUGAGGUACUCAGUGACAGAACAAUGCAAUUGUGAUGUGUAUAUAAAUCUCAAUCAAAUUAGAUUGUUUCAAGUUGUACAGAUUGAAAUAUUUAAAGACUUUGUUUCGUUUAAUUCUGUUUUGGAUGAUCAUGCUCAGUACCUUUUUCCUUCUUGUUGCAGUGCGAUUUAUUUCUUAUACUUUUUUUGAGAUGGGUGACACUCCUGACCUUUGUUUCUGUUGUUUUGACACUGGAAGUGAUUUUAACUGCUUUAAUUGUAUAAUCACUGGAAUCUAAUAGACAUUGUUUCAACUUUAUGAACUAAUACUUUAAGUGCACCUGCAGUUUUUAAUAAUGGUACAUACCCUUUUAAUCUUUAUGGUAUGUUCGGUUGAAAACUGAGCAGACUGGAGAGUGUUUAUUCAGCCGAUUGUGAAAGAAGCUAUGAUUACAGAAUAUAAAAUUUUCCUUCAAAUGUAAAUAAGAUGUUUUUGUAAAAAAUCUCUAAAUAAAGAAAUAGUGAAAUGUU